ACAGCUGCGGUGCUCGGGUUUCUGCCCGGCUGCGGUGCCGCAGGGUGGCAGACUCUGCCAGCCCGGCUGGGCGAGAGGCAGCUGGCGGGGUUGUGCUGCCUGGAUUGCCUCCUCCAGGAGAAAGGCGCUGGGCCAGGCUCAGCUUCCUAAAUCCCAGCUGGAGCUUCCCAGCUAGUCGGUCCCAGCAGCACGCGGAGCUGGCACCUGACGUUGAGGAGGGCAAGAGUGCCGUUAAGGUGGCCAUUGUACCAGUAAGCCCAGUUUCUGACUUCAGGGAGUUCAAAAGACCACAGACUGCCAAAGACUCGGCACCGAGUGAUAUUGGGAACACGUAUAGAGAUGCUCUAGAGUAUAGUUGUAGAAGCAGCAAAAAAAAGGAAGAGAAAACGUCUAGCUAUGGACCAAAUCCAAUUUGCAAAGGCUGCUUAUCUUGUUCAAAGGAUAAUGGGUGCAUCAGAUGCCAACACAAGUUGUUCUUCUUCCUGCGAAGAGAAGGAAUGAGGCAGUAUGGUGAAUGCUUGGAUUCCUGCCCAUCAGGGUACUACGGACGCCGAACGCCAGAUAUGAACAGAUGUUCAAGAUGCAGAAUAGAAAACUGCGACUCCUGCUUCAGCAGAGACUUUUGUACCAAAUGCAAAACGGGCUUCUACUCGCACAGGGGCCGCUGCUUCCGAGGGUGCCCCCCUGGAUUUGCAGCCUUGGAAGAGCUUAUGGAGUGUGUGGAAGGCUGUGAAGUGGGUCAGUGGAGUGAGUGGGGAACUUGCAGCAGAAACAACAAAACAUGUGGAUUUAAGUGGGGCCUGGAAACAAGAACAAGACAAAUUGUGAAGAAGCCGGCGAAAGACACGAUACCGUGCCCAACCAUAGCAGAAUCCAGACGGUGUAAAAUGGCCAUGAGGCAUUGUCCGGGAGGGAGAAGGCCAACAAAAACAAAGGACAAGAAAAAGAAGAAAAAGAAUUUGAUGGAAAGGGCUCAGAAGCAGCACAGCAUCUUUUUAGCAACAGAUAAAACAAGCCAGUAAAGACUUGAUUUUCUUUAAAAUAUUUUCUGCGAAGUGCACAAAAGCUGCUAUAUGCUCCUGCCCAUGGAUGCACUACGAUUCAGCUGCUUUGACAGUAUUGGUGGCAAAUAACUUGUGAAAAAAAAACCCACAAGCUUGUUUGUUUUAUUUAUAUAUUUUUAUUUUAUUUCUUCCUCUAAUUUUUGACCUUAAGACUUCAAGGUCAGGAGUGCACUGAGUUGAAUCAGUGGAAAUGGUGCUGAAGUGCAUCAAAGAUUGUGUCCUGACUGCCUGGUCAACACGUUGACAUGGAAGGGAAGCAGGAAAAAAGCCUGUGUGUCACCAUGAGGGGGACUUAUGUGUAUUUAAAUAAAAAAAUUUAAAAAAAAAAAAGGAAGUCUUGGAGGUGUAGGUACUAUUGCAUUUAUGACCUUUGUUUCCUAUAUUUGUACAUUUCAAGAGUAAAUGGAUAUGACUUACCUACUUAGCGUUAAUGUGCAUGGUUCUCAGCACCUGCGACGUUAAACCAGUUGUAUAAUAAAACUGCUCUACGACAAUAUACCACAGGAAUCACUGCUUAGAGUUCCGGAAGCACAACAGACUCUGUGUGUACAUAUUACUCUGUCUACAUAUAAAUAAACAUAUUUACUGUACAUCUACGCAUUUUUAUGUAUAAUGAUUCAUACAUGUUUAAAGUUAUGUCCUGUUGGUUCUAGUAAUAUACUUUACAAUAAUCCAGUAAAUGUUUACUUUUUACUAUG